AAAAUGGUCAAGAUGAACUCGUUCGCCCUGUUGGCGACCAUGGUGUUCUUGCUUUGUCUAUUCCCCGGCGACGGCGAAGCGGUCAGACCGAUGAAACUGUCUCGGGUGUACGCGCUGACCAAGAACAUUCCGUACGCCGUCACUUCGGCCGACAUAUACAACUACACCAUUUCCACCGUGAACGAAGAGCCGUUUGUGAAAAUCACACUGCUGGUGACCGGCGCGGGUUUCAGGAACGGCAUAAAAUUGCGGACCACUUCCAUCCUGAAGCAGCGCGGGUCUGAAUGUUACAGAAAUCAGAAACUCAAGUACGUCGACGCCGAAAAUCAUAUGUUCGAACAGAUGUGGGCCAAUACUACUCACGCGUAUGUGAGCAUCAAGUUGCAAGUCGACAAGAGUGUCUUCGAGGGUGAGGUAUUUUUGUGUGUCAAUGGUCCUCGUUGGAUAAACGCAACUUCACCACAAGGGCGUUGGAUACAUCAAGGUACAUUCGGUUGGCUCGUAUGGCCCGAACACCCUAUGAUCGUGUUCACCAGGAAUUCUAUCGAUCUGAGAGAUCGGCCUAAACGGGCUUCGGGAACUGAGCCACCGUCUGCCAAUCAAACAACAACUACGACCUUCUUUACAACUACAAGUGGCCACGGAAAUAAACACCAGCUGUCCACCAACAAGAUUAGUUUCUUGGACGAAACCGUUUGGUUCAACAAAACCAUUAAAGACUUGACCGCGUUCGUUACCACCAACGGGCUCAGGUGCAAGUUUCUCGUUGGAGGCGUAAAAAAGUCAAAUGGGACAGAACAAUACGCCAAUUCCAUGUUGUCGGAUGAAUACACAGACGUUCCCGGCAAGAUGGUAUACUUCUGUGUAAACCAAUAAAUCACACCGGGAAAGCCACAAAACCGAUGGCACCGGAACAUUCGAGUAGAAGUUCACAUGCACCAUUGCACAGCAGGCACAAGAUAGAUUUCAACAUUAUUAUUAUUAUUAUGCACAAAAAUUAUUUGUUAUAAUUAUAGUACUGAGGCUUUUGCCCAAAGUACAGCA